UCUAACAUCUUAUAAUACAAUUUAGCAUUAAAAAAAUAUAAUGAAGAAAGUAACGAAUCAUUACUUUUGAGGCGAUGCUGGACUGACGGUGGAACUCACUCGACGCCGGUACUGCAGAUUGCUGUAGAUUUUUCUUCGACGAACAGUGGAGGCAAAGAGUAAAGAGAAUAGGCUAGUGCACUUUGUCAAACGCACUCAUCAAUCAUUAAUAAAUUACAAUCAAGUGGAAAAAAAGCGAUAAUGUUAGGAUAUUUGCGAGAGCGAGAUAUCGUUUAUUUGACAUUGAGUGUAAAAUAAUUAUAGAGGAACGUAAUGUAAAUUUUGACAAAAUUCAAAAGGGUAGUUAUUAUUUAAGAGAAUGUAAAAGAGACAAAGAAUAUGAGCGUUGAAAUAUAGAAAAUAUUAUUAAUGUCAGACGAUAAUAAACCGAAUAAUAAUUAUAAUAAUGAUAUAGAUAGAGAGGUAGAAUCUGAUGAUCAAAGAGAAAGUAGUGAAAUAGAGUCUAUAGAUGAUACAGAUGAUAACAAUGCUCAAUAUAAUGUAGGAAGCAUAGAUGAUCAAAAUGAAAAUAAAGAUAGAGUUCAGAAUAGGAAAAUAAUUAGAAGAGGAAGACCAAAAGGUCUAAUGGCAGGUGAGAGCUUGAGACAAAAAGAAAAAUAUGUAGCAGAAAGAGAAACUCGUCUAAGAGAGGAAAGAGUAAGACGCUCUGCUAGGCUAAAGAAUAUUCAUCAUGCUCAGUUAAUGGAAAAUAUUUUUGUAUCGCGUAAUUUUAAUGAAGCUCGUAAUAGCAAUAAUUGGGAAAAUUGGAAAGAUGCAAUGAAAAAUGAGUUAGCAUCAUUAAAUAAACAUGACGUAUGGAAAACUUAUAAAUGUUCAAAAGAGGUUAAAAUCGUAAUAAGUAAAUGAGUAUUUUCGAUUAAAAGAGAUGAAACUAAUAAAGUAAAAUAUAAGGCUAGAUUAGUUGCAGCUAGAUACUAUCAAAUAAAAAAUCAGGAUUACAAUGAGUCGUACUCACCAGUUGUAAGCAUUGAAACAUGGAGAACAAUUAUAGCGAUAGCAGCUAAGAAAAAUUUAAAUGUAAGAUUUUGUAACGUUAAAACUGCAUAUUUGCAUGGUAGAUUAGAAGAAACUCUUUAUUUAAAGCCUCCUCCAGGUUUCGAAGAAAGAUUUGAUGAUAGUAGUAAAGUAUGUAAAAUUAAAAGAAGUUUAAAUGGUUUAUCUCAAUCUGGAAGGAAUUGGUAUUACAAAUUAAAGAAAGAACUUUUUUUACAAAUAGCAAUAAAACGUGCUUCUUUAUAUUCACUUUGUAUGUUGAUGAUUUUACUACGAUAGAUGAUAGUGGUCGCAUAUGUGAGAAAAUUUUCAAUUCAUUGCGGAAGGAAUCCGAGAUUAUUGAAACUACUCAAUCGAAACUAUUUUUAAGAAUGCGAGUAAAAUGUGACGAUACAGGCGUUUAUUUGAGUCAAAGUAGAGUAUAUUAAAAAGCACCUAAAUAAGUAUGGAAUAACUAAAUGUAAACCCGUUAAUACCCUAAUUUUAACAAGCGGAGAUAAGAUACAGAUAGAUGAGAGCGAAAAAUUUUACAUUGGUAAAUAUCAAGAAUUAAUUAAAGAAUUUUUAUACUUGGCAACUAGAACAAGGCCUGAUAUUGCAUUUGUAACAUCUUACCUUUCUCAGUACAAUCAUUGUCCGCAAAAGAGCCAUUAUACAUUAGGUAAAGGAGUGUUGCGAUAUUU